UUUUGCACUCCCACCCCUCCAUUUUUCCCUAGCCGCCACAACCAUUCUUCCUCCCUGUUCGCAGCAGCAGCACGCCAGCGCAGGGAACUUCCCUUCCUUCUCGCCAGCGCAGGGAGCAGCUAGCAGCCAUGGCGCCUCCACCUCCCAGCGCCUAGACCUUCCUCUCCAGCGUGCCCCCUCUAGGCAUAGCGGCAGCUCCUCCUCCCUCUGCUUCGUGCGCGCAGGAGCAGAAGCUCCAUGGCCGCCGAGCCCCCUUCUAUGGCCGGGCGUCCCUUCCUUCCGGCGCGCUGAAGCAUCUCCUGGCGACCUCACCUUCUCAGCGCAGAAGCUUGGGGCCUCCCAUGGCGCCCUCCUCCCUGGUCUCCCUUGCGCAGGGCAGCCAUGGUCGGGCUCCCCUGGAGCAGGCGCUCCUAGCAGCCAUGGCUCCCUCCCUCGGUUGCUCCUCGCUGCUUCUUUCCCAUGGAACUGGCGCAGGGGACAACUCCAUCUCUCCCCUUGGCGCCACCUUCAGGCAGGGUAGCAGGGAGCUCGACGCCCCUGUGCAGCCCACACCUUCUUCCUCCCAUGGUCGAGCCCCCCCUGCACUUUCCCUUUCUUCAGCAUGGCGCCCCUAUUUCCCAGCCGUGCAGCUCCCUGUUGGUUCUCCACCCCGCCGGCAGCUUGGAGUCCGAGCAGGCACCGCGGGAGCCUAUCCCCAUGACGCCCAGCAGCCCUGCUGUCCCCUCCCCGUGACGCGACGUAUCUGCUCGGCUCCCUCUCCCGGCAGCAUAGCUCCUCGCAGCCGGAUUUCCCCGCAGCCCCAGCUCGAGCAGUGAGCUCGCCGUCGCCCAUUGGCUGUUCGACAGAAUGCCUGUGGGAAAACAUCGUGUUGUGCGCAGCCCCAUCCGCGACACCGUCGAAACCCGUGCUAGUCGUCAAUGCCAUUCGUCGCGCACGCGUGUUCGAUACAAGACCGGUCGGGUGCACCACGUGCUUGCACAACUCAAAUCCGAUCCCGUUCAGGUUGAUUGAUUUAUAAUAAUACAUGUGCUUUGGUUGAUGUCGGGCAAUGCAUGUAUAUAUGUGGAUGUGUGUAAUAUGUUUCGGUACUACGCAUUGGUAGGAUCACGUUUGCGAUUGGAGAACAAGAGGUUGUUGAUGUGUGCGAUUUGUAGUUUGUCUAAUUACGUUUUGGUCGAUGUGAUGUA